AUGGUUUGGGUACAAUUUCCAGGUUUAAGUCUAGAAUAUUGGGAUGAGAAAACUUUGUUCAAGAUUAGUAGAGCAAUUAGAAAUCCGAUUAAGGUUGAUGCAGCUACAUUGAAUUAUCAGAGUGGAUACUAUGCUAAAGUUUUAAUUGAAAUUGAUGUAGCUAAGAAUAUUCAUAAUAAGCUUUGGAUUGUUACCAGAUAUGAAGCUUUUUCUCAAGGGGUUACAUUAACAAAUUUACCAAAAUUCUGCCACAAGUGCAAAAUUGUUGGACAUCAAAUAUCUGAAUGCAGAAUUAACAAACAAGCUUCUGCAACAGAUGGGCAGAAGUCUUCUAAUUCUACACCAACAAAGAAUACUCAUAAUGAUACUUCUACUCCACAGGUGACUAAUCAGCCUGCACUUGUUCCAAUUUUAUCUCCUAAACCAGUUGAGAUAUCCCAGUUUUCAAGUCCAAGUACUUCUAAUAUUCCAAAGGAUAUGAAUUCAUUACCUCCAGCAGAAGCUAAUACAAAUGGUGAAAUUCCUUUCAUUGAGGUUAUAAGAGGAGUUUCUAAUCCAGGUUUAAAUCCUAUCUCUACUCCUGCUAUUCAAAUUAAUAAUAAUCUAUAUGAAGUCUUACAAGAUAAUGAUAGUGAAUAUUAUGAAUCCGAAGAUGGUGAAAUUAAGGAAGUCAGUACCUCAAGUUUAUUAAAGUUUGGUUCAAUAUCUCAACCUGUUACUAUUUUGCAAAAAGAAAAGGUUAUAUCUCAGGUUAUCCCUGAGAUAAAUGAAAAUAGUAAGGUAGCUGGAAAGAAAAAACCUCCAAUAAAACCAGCUGUAGUUACAAGGAAGGCUAGUAAAUAA